AUGACGGAACCUGAUCUCAUGAAGCUUGGGAACGACGUAUCGCUCGAUAAUCAUUGUUCCGCCGUGGCGCCCGUCACUUCCAGAGGUCACUUUUCACUGAAUCACCUCAAGAUUGGAAAGUUGUCCGAUGCGGAGUGGAUCGAGGUUCCUUUCGGGGGCUUCGAUGGAGGACCGGUGCAUACACUAUUAACGUCGGGGACGUUGCUCUGUUAG